AUGAUUUUCAAAUCGCCGGUAACAGUACAACCAACUGAACCUAAUCUUCCUCGAAAUACAUUUUCGAUACUUGAUGGUGAACAUUUCAUCCGAUUGUACCAAUGCAAUGAAGGAUGUUCGUCAUGUUGCGGACCAAAAUCCAAUGUCAUUUUCACGGCUAAGCGAAUAAUUGUUCGACAUCAAGAUCCAGCCUUUUGUUGUUGCUGCUGUGAAGGUCAUCAUAUCGAUACUGCUAUCUUUAUGCGUGAUAUCGAAGUAAUGAAAGAAUCAACAGACACGACUAUGAAUUCAUGUAUGGCCGUGAUGGUUCUAAUACUGACUUGCACGUGGCCAUUGAUUCUCUGCAAAGGUUGCUGCGGUGAUUAUGCGAAAAUCAUGGAAGUCAAAGGCGCGUUCGGUUCGGAAUUACUUAAAUUCAAACAAGAAGAUUUCAAAUAUGCAGCUGACCAAUUAUCAUCGAUAAUCUUACCAAUGAAAAACUGA